AUGGUUUUUUAUAACUGUGAAACUGAUAUUAAUUUAGAAAUUUGUCAUUUAUCCUGUUUUGAAUGUAUUGGCCCAACUAAAUAUGAUUGUUUGUCUUGUGAUCCCUCAACAAAAAGGAUAUAUAAUCAAAAAUAGAACACUUGCAUUUGUCCUUAUGGAAAAAUUGAAUUAGAUGGAGAAUGCAAAGAUUACUCAGCAUUUUAAUUAACUAUUUCCAAAGAAAAUAAUGAUGGAUUCAAGUGUUCCUAUGGAUAUUUUGAAUGUGAAGAUAAAUGCUGUAAAUGGUAUUUAUAUCUAAAUAAUUUUAGUCCUUCUAAAAUACGAAAUAGGUUAAUAACUUGUAUAGAGUGUAUUACAAACCCAAAAACUUGGAUAAACAACCCAUAUUGUUAAUAUAAUUAUGUAACUGAUAGCGAUGAUAGGCCUUUUACAAAACAAGAUGAUGGGAUAGGAAAGUACUUUUUUGAUGGAGUUGAUUUAAAACAUAGAGAGAAUUAAGAAUUGGAUUAAGGUAUUUAUUAAGAUUACUUAUAAACUUUUGAUCAUUUAUCAAAAUUUUGUUCUUACUGCCUCAUAGAUUUAGAUAAGGAAAAAUGUUUCUUUUUUACAAACUGUGUUUAAUGCUAAAUUGAAAUUUCUAGACCUAAAUGCACCAAAUGCGUAAUGAACUUUAAAUUAUCAGAUGGAGUUUGUUCAAUUUUAAACCUGAUACAGACCUCAAAUGUUAUAAUAUGCUAAACUCCUUAUUAUCAAACUUAUUAUUAUACCUGUAUUUUAUGUCCCAUUUAGAAUUGUCUUUAUUGCUUUGAUUUUAUAAAGGAUGAUAUUUAAAAGAAUACCAUACUUUACAAAUUUUUAAACGUUAGAAUUGAUGCUAAUGAUUAAGAAGUAUAAGUAGGUUGCGCAUAAUGUUAUGAAGGAUUUCUUUAUGAUUUCACCUUAGGAAAAUGUAUUCUUCGAUAACCAUAAAUCUAAAAUUGUCUUAGUUCAUUUGUGAAUCAGCAAGGUAAAGAGCUCUGUAUCUUAUCAUCUGUAUAAGAUUUUACAGUUGCUCCUUAAAUUAUUAAUUGUUAAAAUAUUAUUUAAAAUUGUAAGUAAUGUUUUAGGAACAUUUAAACCAUUUUAAGAUGUCUUAUUUGUGAGGAAGGAUAUUACACUGAUCUCACAGGAUUUUGCUACACCAUUUAAUAUAAUUAUAAUUUAAUUCCUUAGAAUACUAAUGGUGUUACUUUUAUUAGGUUUCCUGAUGCAAAUAUUUGGAGGCAUCUGGUUCAAAGUUUUUCUUUGCAAUUUUCUUAAAAAAAUUUUCCCUAUGCUUUAACUUAAUUAUUUCAAUAUAAUAUUGAGUGUAAGGAUGGAUAUUCAUUAUUUAAAGGAAAAUGUAUAAAAUAUUGUGAUUAAAAUUGCUAAAUAUGCGAAUAGGACAAAAUAUCAGAAAUUUAUACCUGUUCCUUAUGCCUCUUAGAUAAUUACAAUUAACCCUAUAGAGUUUAAGAAAAUGGAAUGUGUUUAAUUUGCCCUUCAUUAUGUUAGGUAUGCCAAAUUCGAUCUGAUGACAGCAUUAUGGUAUUUUGAAUUUGAUAUUUUAGAAUCUAAAUCCUAAUUACAUAAUUAACAAAACAAACACUUAAUAUACAACAUAGUGCCUAAAAAGCAUUUCAAACUUAAAUGUUCAGAUUAAUCCAUAUCUUUAAAUUGCUCAGUAUAUAUAUGAUCAAAACAAUACAGCCUUCGAAUAUAAUGUAAAACUUAAUGAUAAAUCAAGGUAAACUAUGCUUGCGAACAAGAAAUUAAUUUUUUCGAUCCUUAAACGUCGAAUUACUAUGAAAACGAGUUUAACUUCUCCUAUUUUAAUGAAUUUGGUCUCAAAUAAUUCAUUUUAUCAUUUUAGUUUUAACCAUGUCUCUAUUACUAAAAUAAAAGUAAAAGCGUUUUUAAAGCUAAAAUAUUUUCAAUUCAACUAUUAAAACUCAUAUUAACAGGAAGUGUACAAAUGGGAUCAUUAUAUACAAUAGAAAACUUUAAUUCAGUAGAAUUCAAAAACCUUAUAAUAAAUCUUGAGAAUAACCUUUCAUUUCAAUUUAAUAAUUAUGGAAAAGCCAUAGAUUAUAGCUUUUAAAAUUGUAGCUUUUUCGGAAAUCAAUAAAAAUUCAUUAUAUUUACAAUCCCUAUGAUUAUCGAUCAGAACUUUUUUCUACACAAUGUAUCAAUCUUUAAUGUCAAUAUUAAUAAUUCAAUGAUAUAUUAGAUAAAUUCAGCUACAUAUCAUGAAAAUAUUUUCAUAGACUUCAUUUUCUUGCUGGAUUGUAUAAUGAACAACACUAUUUUAUUCUAUUUUAAUAUUAACUCAAAAAAAAUUGUAAUUGAAAACCUUCUAAUUGAGCGUUGUGAAUUUCACAAUUUUACACUUCUUAAUAUUUAACAAUAAAUUUACCCGUCAAAAAUAAUUAUGAGAUCUAUUAAAAUUAAGAAUUCAACAUUUUCGAAUUCAACUUUGAUAGAUGGUUACGAAAAUAAUAUGUUAUUUAUCUACACUUUUUAAAUGAUUGAAAACUAGAUUAUCAAUUCACAGCUAAUAAGAUUUAGUAAAGAUCUUUUUAUCUUUAACUUUACGCUUAUUUAGAAUGUGUUUAAAAAAUGUAUUUUAUUUGAAAAAUAAUACUCAAAUAAUUAUUAGUAUGAAAUCAAAAUAAAAGAUAUUGAGAUAUCCACUAAUAGCUACCAAAAUUUUUAAGUAAUCGUUAUUGAUUAAAAUAAAAUAUCACCUACUCAACCGAAUUAACAAACAUAGUUUUUUAGGAUAAUAAUCAUCUUUAAAUUGAAAUUGAAGAUUAUAUAUUUAAACUCACUAGCUCCAAUAUAUUAAUUUAGAAUGUAUCUAUAAUUAAUGCAUUCCAUUAUAGAUUCUUUUAUUUGUUCAACAUUUCUCAAAUUCAGUUUAAGAAUGUUCUUAUGAACAAUGAAAUUUUAGAAUAUAGGAUUCCCCUUCAUUAUGAUUGCGCAUCUAGUACCAAUUAAUAUUCAAAAUUAUUAUUUGUGAAAGGGUUUUAGAGUCUUUAUUUGGAUUUGAUCAAAAUUUAUUAAUCAGAUCACUUUAGAUUAAUCUCUUAUUGAAAUUCAAUCAAAUGAUCCUUUCCUAAAUGAAGAUUCUGAAACUAUUACUAUAUAAAAUGUCACCUUUAUUAAAAAUAUUUUGAUGAAAAUAAGUUCAGGCAAUAUUUUUUCACUCAUAUCCAUAUAUUCUAAUAAAGUCUAGUAAAUUCAUUUUGAGAAUAUAUAGUAUCAGCAGAAUUCUUAUUAUUAAUACAUUAUAGAUCCAUCAUAUACAUCUGCUAGUUUGUUGUUCAUUAACUCUGUUAAUAGCUCUGUUCUACUUAAUAACAUUUAGUGUUUUGAAAACUCGCUAACAAAUUCGUCUAACUCCUUUAUUACUAUUAGUACUAGAGAAGCUAAAGUUGAAUAAAUUAAAGUUUUAAAUCAUAAUUAUCUUAGAAAGGAGUUCUGGAAUAGGUAUUAUGAAAUUGAGUUAUAAGACAAUCUUAAUCAAAUUGAUGUUAAUUUUAUGAUUGAACAAAUUCUUUCAAUUAAAAAUAAAGGUGGAGUAAUGUAAUUGAUAGUUGAUAAAUUGAUAUUAAAAAAUGGAUUAUUUCAAUACAUCAUUGCCAAAAGCAGUUCAGUUAUGGAUAUUAUCACGAAAGGAAACGGAAUUGUUAUUCUGAGUGAUUGCUCUAUUGCUUAUACUUAAACCAAUUUGCUAUCAAAUUAGGAAUAACAAGGAGCGAUCAGUAUUAACUCAUAAAAUAGUUACUUAACUUUGACACUAUAAAAUUUUAACUUUACAAACGUUUACAAUAAGUUGGCAUCUGCAAUCAUAUCUAUUGAGCCAUUUGAUACAUUAAACAAUAUUAUCAUAAGAAACGUCUUAGUUUCAGAUUCUUUCUCAUUAAUAAAUUUAUUUUUAGCAUUAUAAUUUCCAUAUUAAUAUGCAGAUUAAAAUAAAGUGACUAUUGAAAAUAUUUUUUUAUAAUAAAGUCAAGAAGCAUCAUUGCAGUUCACUAGAUAGCUUAACCUAUUUGAACCAGUAAUUGCAUAAAAAAUAACAUAAGACAAUGCCAUUUUUAAUAUUUAAGGUUGCUAAUUAAAGAUAAUAGAUUUAACAUUUUAAGGAUUUGUACUAUCUGGUAUCAUAAAUUUAGUUAAUUGCAAAAUGAUUUCUUUAGUUAAUAUUUUAUUCGAUUAAAUUACUUUGUUUUACGAUUUAAAUUUGCUGCAUAUUGAGUAGGUUGCAUAAUCUAAAUCAAAUAUAUAAAUUUCAAACCUGAACAUAUAAAAAAUAACCUAUUUUAAUAUUACAAAUUAGAACCUAGUCCCUUACAUUUAUCCAAAUUUCUUUAUAGAAUAUUCAUAAUGCUAAACAUCAAAGGCUGUAUAUCUUCCAUCAAGCGAAUCACAAUAAUCGCAGAAAUUAAAUAAUUUUGAAUAGAUUUAAUCAGUUUCCUCAAAUUCUGGAUCGAUUUUAUCCAUAGAAUGCUAAAAUAACCAAACCAAAAUAUUCCUCAAAUCUGUAGUUCUUUAAAAUAAUUAUUGCAAGACUUGUAAAAAUGGUCUGAUCUACUUUUCACUAACUAAUUUCCUUUAUAUCAAGAUUCAAGAUGUUUCAUGUAUAGGAAAUAAGAUAGAACAAUUUGGAUGCAUCAAUUCUUUUUCAGACAGAAACCUUUAGGGUAAGUUUACCAUUAUCAAUUCUGUUUUUAUUAAUAAUACUGGUAGCUAAGGAAUUGCUUUAUCUUCAAGUAAUGUGAAAGCUUAUUUGUUGAACAUCAAGAUUUUUAAUAAUACUGCAACUUUGUUGGGGGGUGGGCUAUAUCUUGAUCUAAAUAACUAAGAGUUCUUAGUAAAAUCAUCAUACAUUUAACAAAAUAAAGCAAGGGAGGGAGGAGGAAUGUAUUUAAAUGGAGACUAAGUUUUAAAUGAAAUAAACUUUGUAGAAUCACUUUUAAAUUUUAAUAAAGCUGAAUUAACUACAGAUAAUCUACAAGAAUAGCCUUCUCAUUUAGAUUUAUCAAUUAAUAAUCAAAUUAUGCAUUCAGAUUAGAUACAUAAUUAAAUUUCAUAAAAGAUAUUAAAAUUACACCCUUACCGAAUUAUUUAAUAAGGUCAAAUAAUAAAGGAAGAUGCAUUGAUGCUUCCUAGCAAUUAAGAGAUAGCUAAAUACGAAUUAUACAAUCCAAAAUAAAAGAAAUUUACAUCAUAUAUAAAUGAGCUAUCUAUUUAAUUUAAAAAUAGAUUUAAUGAAUAAUUACUUAAUUUUACUGGUUCAUCUUGUCAAAUUAUUGAAUAAAUCUUAGAUAUUAAAUAACAAACUACAUUAGAAUCAAACAAUAUUUCACUAAUUUAAUUUAAUCAAACCAAAAAUAAUUUUGAUCUAGGAAUGUUAAUUUUGACUUUGGAUCCUUAUAAUCGAACAGGAAAAGAGUAUCAAAUUUAAAUCUAUUGUAAAGCCAAAAAUUAGAUUGAAGAAAUGUCAUAUAUUAUAAAGGUGAAAAGCCUAGUUUGUUAGUUAGGAGAAUUUUAUGUUUUAAAUGGCUGUGUCACUUGUUAAUCUAAAUAGGGGUUUUACUCUGUGACAUACAAUGCAACAAAGUGUUCAAUAUUUGAUAAGAUUAAAUUUGAAGCAAUCACAUCUAACAAUAUCAACUUGAAACCUGGAUAUUGGAGACCUCAUUUUGAGUCAGAUUUAGUUAAUGAAUGCUUCAAAAAUAUCAAUUCAUGCAAAGGUGGUUGGGUUGUUGGUGAUGAAAUUUGUAAAACUGGGUAUAUUGGAGGAUUAUGUGAGGAGUGUGAUAAAUAUAAUUAAAGAGGGGAUGGAUUUUAUUUUAAAAAUGAUAAUUUAACUUGUUGGAAUUGUAGCGACUUUUCUAUUAACAUGUUGUCCUUAUUUCUUAUAACUGCUUGGUAAUGAAUUAAUCUUACUCUAGGGUAUUUCUUUCUACUCUUAUAACAUUGACUAGUGUAGAGAACACCAAUUAAUUGUUUACAUUAUUCAAGCUUACCCAAAAAUUCUCUUAUAUCUUGUUUAAGCUGAAUUUAAGUAUCUAUUAUAAUAUUCUUUUUAGAUAAAGAAAGCAUCAUGUUAAAAUUAUUUCUUAACUAUAUUUGGAUAUAUUCUGUCAUAUUUACUUUUAACAUUUAAUUCUCUUUUUCAUUUCUUUUUGUUAACUAGGUAAGUGAUACAUCUUAUUUUCUAACCAGAAAUUUAGAUUGCAAACUUUCCUAAUCAUUUGAAAUAGAAUUAAUAUAUAUGAGAGUGUUGGUGAUUUUUAUUUUAAUUGCUAUAUAAAUCUUCAUCAUUUAAUUAGCAGUCAGCAUUUUUUCUAUAGUAGCAAAAGUAAAAUUGCGCAAUCACUUAAUGUCAAUUACAUUUAUUUACUUGUAUAUUCAAAAUUAAGCUGCAAUAAUAACUCAGUAUGACAUUAUAAUUAUUUAAGGCUUUUCUCCAUUUUGGCUAAUAGGGAAAUUUCAUCAAUCAGUUAUGUUUAAGGAGAUGUGUCUCUUCUCUUUGAAUCAUCUAAUCAUUAGGCAUGGAUGUAUAAAUUUGCAAUACCAGUAUCAUUACUCAUAGGGUUAAUUUUACCAUUAUUUUUAUUGUUGUUUUUGUAUCAGAAAAGAGAUUAAUUUGACAAAAUUUCAUUAAGAAGACACAUUGGUUAUUUAUUCAAUGAAUAUAACAUAAAUCGCUCUUUUUGGGAAUGGGUAAAGUUAUGGAAGAAGACAAUCAUUAUUGUUAUCUUGAUUUACUUUGAAACAAAUAUUUUUUUAAAAGGAUUCUUUAUUGGAAUGUGCUUAAUGAUUUAUUAAAUGAUCACUUCAUCAUAUCUGCCCUACAUUUAUCCAAAAUUAAACAAAUUGGAUCUAAGUUCAGGGUAGUUAUGUUCGAUGGCUAUUUUCUUAGCUGCAGUAUAAUAUUUUUGUGAAUAAUAAAAUGAAUAUGUGUAAGCUAGAAUUUUGUAGAUUUUGAUACUCUUUAUAUUCUUUAAAUUUUGUUUUCCCUACCUUAAUGAUAUUGCCUUUGCUUAUUAUGAAAAAUACAAAGAAAAAAUCUUGACAUUCAUUAUUUUAGUCCUAAAAACAGUAAAACCAAACUCAGGAUUAAUAUGGAAAUUAAGUGAUAAAUUAGAUUCAUGGAGGUAAAAGAAGCAUAGGAUAGAAAGAAAUUUCAAGAAGUUGCGAUAACUUAUAAUUGUAAAGAAACGUUAAGACAAUAAAGAGUAUUAUAUUUUGUUAUUGAAGGCUAUAAUAAAUAUGUGUUCCAACCUUGUCACAUAAUAAAAGUGGUGAAUUGAAAUUCAAACUUUUGAAUUUAUGA